UAGGAAUGUAUUUUGCACCAGUAAUGUAAAGCAAGAUUGAAGUCGCACGGCCGCCCGCCCGCCCGCCGCCAUCUGUAGUAAUUAAAGGGAAGGUGAGAGAUAUCGAGAGUUGUGAGACCGGCGAUCGCAAAACAAGUUCAAUAUUUUUCAGCACAACUUUAUUAAUACAGAAAUCUUCUUUUAUUCAUUCAUCUUAAUAAAGGGGAUGUCGCAGAAAUUCUCUGCUACACUCAGAAUUGGGGAUUUGAAUGAUUACAUAGCUCCCUCUCAGGGCUGUGUAGUUUCCCUUAAAGCUAAUUCUAAUUCAAUCAACAAAUCCGAGAAAAAUGCUGGAGCUUUGAGCAAACCAGUACAAAAAGAACCCGUCAAAAUUUCUCUCAAAGAUUGCUUGGCUUGCAGUGGGUGCAUUACGUCAGCAGAAACAGUCAUGCUUGAGAAGCAGAGCUUAGAUGAGUUCCUUUCCAAUUUGGAAAAGGGAAGGACAGUUAUUGUCUCUCUCUCCCCCCAGUCUAGGGCCUCUCUCGCUGUUCAUUAUGGACUUUCUUCACUUCAGGUCUUCAGGAAGCUCACAACACUUUUUAAGUCUCUGGGUGUGAAAGCUAUAUUUGAUACCAGCUGCAGUAGAGACUUGACCCUGAUAGAAUCUUGUAACGAGUUUAUGGUGCGAUAUGAACAAUCCCAAUGUACAAGUAGUGGGGAGUCAAAGCCACCUUUACCUAUGAUUUCUUCUGCAUGUCCAGGUUGGAUAUGUUAUGCUGAGAAGACCCUUGGUUCAUUCAUUCUUCCAUACAUUUCUUCAGUCAAGAGCCCCCAACAAACCAUUGGAGCAGUCGUCAAGAAUUUUAUAUGCCAAAAGCUAAGUUUAAGGGCAGAGGAUAUAUACCAUGUGACUGUAAUGCCAUGUUAUGACAAGAAGCUCGAGGCUGCUCGUGAGGAUUUUGUUUUUCGAGUGGAUACAGAUAGUGAAAAAAUUACGGAAGUUGAUUCAGUUUUGACAACAGGAGAGGUUUUGGAUUUGAUACAGUUAAAAGCAGUUGAUUUUCAAUCCUUGGAAGAGUCCCCCCUAGAUAAAUUGUUUGCAAAUAUCGAUGAGGAGGGCCAUCUUUAUGGGGUUCAUGGAGGCUCUGGAGGAUAUGCAGAGACCAUUUAUCGUCAUGUUGCAAAAGUGCUUUUAGGUCAAGAAGUUAAAGGUCCUAUAGCAUUCAAGACUAUAAGGAACUCUGAUUUCCAAGAAGUGAGCCUAGAAGUGAAUGAUAAAUCUGUACUGAAAUUUGCAUUAUGUUAUGGUUUCCGGAACCUGCAGAAUGUUGUUAGGAAAUUGAAAAUGAAAAAGGAGAAGUGUGACUACCAUUUCUUGGAGAUCAUGGCAUGCCCUUCAGGAUGCUUAAAUGGUGGCGGACAAAUAAAGCCACAGCCUGGGCAGUCGGCUAAAGAGUUGAUUCAGAUGUUGGAGACAGCUUAUGUAGAAAAUGUUGUGGUUGCUGAUCCUUUCAACAAUCCCAUCAUAAAGGGUCUAUACAGUGAGUGGCUUGAACAGCCUGGUUCAGAGAAAGCAAAGAGGUACCUGCAUACUGAAUAUCAUCCUGUAGUGAAAAGUAUCACUUCACAGUUGCAGAACUGGUGAGAAAUGCAAAAUAUCAGCUUUUAACUGAUUGGCAAAGUUCCAAGCGUUCCCUUCUGGUGUUAUUCUGCAAGAGCAUUCCAAGGGGGUUUUGAUACUACAGUGCAUUGUUCACAAUCUAUGUUCAUGUGUCCAUGCUCCACAAUUUUGGCAGUCCAAUUUUGGUAGUGAACGUGUUCGCCCCAUACUGUAAAUAUACUGUGUUGCAAAUCACACAAUAAUCUAGGUUGCAAUGAUAUUCCCCAUCUUGAUUGGAGUAGUUAUAUUGUGCGUGUAAUUCCCACAACCCAGGACUUUAUUUAUUUGGCCACUCAAUUUGUAUUCGUUAGAAGAGGCUACUGUUUUAUGCCAAUGGUAAAUAUCAGCAGAAUCUUUGUGUAAUCGUAUUUGUUUUCAGA